CGCUUUCUUCCCCGUUCCCACCUCUCUCUAUCUCUCUCUCACACACACAGUCACACACACACCGUCCUCCCUCCUUGGUCCUUGGCUCCCCUUGCUACCUUGCCUUCACAGAUCUCCCACUCCCCAACAGAACUGUCACGUCUCGGCGCCCGGGGGCCGUGGUAUUACGGCUCAUCGCGGCUCGGCAGUGGUGGCGCGCAGCUGACCGGAUCGAGCAGCGGAUGGACGGCGGCGGCGGGCUGGGCGGCCUGCGGUGGACCGCGGAAGAGGCGUCGACGAUCGGAGGCAUCGCCACGGUGUCGCUGCUGCACUCCUUCAUCCCCACGCACUGGCUCCCCUUCUCCAUCGUCGCGCGCGCGCAGCGCUGGCCGCUCUCCCGCACCCUUCUCGUCAGUCAGUACCCACCUCCCUUCCGCGUGCCUCGUUCCCCCCAUUUGCUGCGGUUGCCGCUCGUUACUGUUCACCGCCUCGGCGCCUCCAGAUCUGGUUAUCUCCUAAUUCUAAGAGGUUGGGUGAAGGCUAGCUCCCAAUUGAUGGUGCAAGAGUGUGCCAUUAGGGUUUUACUCUGGUUGGGCUGCUCUCGGUGGUUGGUUCCCUUGGAUGGAUCCGGUUUUGCAUGGUGUCAUUAACAAACGAUGGCAGUUUUUGUGUCAUGGUAGUGUGGUGGUGCCUGGCUGCUGCCUAUUGCGUGUAGCAUAUGCUGAGUAUUGCCUGAACAUCUGAAUGAGAUUGCAUGGGCAUCAUGUUCAGAUGCGCAUGCUCCUAUGAUCUGAUUUUCUGUGUGGGAUGGAUUCGUAAGACUGCAUUUGUGCUUCUGUUACCUUCCUUUCUCGGUGGAAUGUUGUUCCAUGGUUCAGGGAACGCAAAUUUCUAGGGGAAGUGUGUCCUUGUCUUCUUCCGACUUCUGCUGCUUUCAUGUGUACAUCCGUCUGCGGUGACUGUGACAAAUGGCUAUUGUUGUAGUGUUUUUUAGUAAUGCAAGUGAUGUAAUGUGUUCUAUCAACGAGCCAAGUUUGGGCAAACAAGUUAUCAAAGCUUUGUUUAGUUAAACCAGUUGCCAGCAAAUGCCUAUAAGUUGGUUGUGAUCUAAUCUGGCAAUGAAAUAAUUGCAUCAUAUUUGUCAUGAUCUCUUAAGAAUUAAUGAUGACUUAAACAAAAAAGUUAUGAUUCUUGCACUACAUCUAUUUUUUAUCUCAUCCUGGUUCCACUGUUUUGGUGCACCCUGUUUGCUUCAUCCUGGGCAGUAUACACUCCAAGAACCUGCAAUUUCAUAUUUUCCAAUUUUUUAAAUUUUCAAAUGAUGCCCUUCUCUCUAUAUGAUUGUUACUGAGAAAAGAUUACUAACUUCUGCAGCUGCAUUUGGAGGUGUUCUUCAUGUUGUUUCUACGGCUCUUCUUGGGAUAACUGCAGUUACUAUGGCAAAUACUAUAGCUGGCGAAGAAACAGUGCAUAAACUUGCCUCGCUGUUGCUGAUUUUUCUUGGAGCAAGUUAUAUCCUCUUGUUUGCCUUAGGAAAAGGUGGUCAUAGCCAUGCCCAUAAUCAUCCAAUGGAAAAAAUGGCAGUCGCCGGUCUUGUACUUGUACCUGCAUUAUCACCUUGUGCAACAACUCUUCCAGUUUUUCUUGCUGUUGGCAACUCUUCCUCAAUGAUGAUUCUUGCAAUCAUUGUGCUCCUCUUCAGCACCAUCACAGUGAUGACAUCCUUGGUGGCCCUUUCAUUCUACGGUGCUAGCCAGAUCAAGUUCCACUGGGUGGAGCGUUACGACAAGAUCCUCGUCGGCACGGUGCUGUGCCUUGUUGGAGUCUUAACAUAUGUGUUCCAUCAUCACGAUGGUGAUGAGCAUGUGCACCAGAAACUCGUAUCUCCCUAGAUGCAUACAUACUGAAGUUCCAUCUCUGUUGCUCCCUAUUUGUAUACAAUCCUGAUUAUCGACUUACUCUGCCGCUCUGGUUUUGCUGGAGAUACGUAUCAUCUGAUCAAGUG